UAAACGGCGCUACUCCGAGGUUUGGUGCCUAACCCGCUACCCUUCAUCCGGAGCCGGCCCCACCCCCGACUUGGACGUGGACUCCUCUGUGCUGGUGAGAACUCUGUACUAUAUCGUGUAGAUUCACGUCCUACAGUUUUCUCUACUCCCAAAAGCCCGCUCGACGUGCUACUCCUCUUUAACUAGACGUAGUAAGAGUUAUGCGCGCGCGCGACUCAAAGCUACGAUUGGGAGUAGUAGGAAGAUGCUUAUAUUUUCCGUCUCGUUACUCGACUCCCGUUGGAAAAAAAGCCCCGCGUAUUUAACGGGCAAGAAUAAUAUACAAUAAUAAAAGGGACUUCUUUGAGGGCCAGACGUCGAGGCUUACUUCAUCUUACUCGGUGGUAGUUACACACUUAAAUACUGGAAAUACCUCGUGAUUAUGCUGGGUGAUGACAAUACAUUUUAGAGAAGAAUAUACUGAAGAUUUUAUGGAUAAAUGGACUGACUGGAGGUGAAGAAGAUAUAGUAGAUCAAAGGAUUCUUUCUCUGAGGAAGAAUUUUAAAUUUUAAAUCAAAAUAUUUUUAAUUAGUUUGUAUUUUUUAAAUUUAUUUAUUGAUGAAGAUUAUAGGGUUGUUUUUUUGAGUUUUUUAAUGAAAAGAGAUAUACGAUAAGGAUAUAUUGGUUAAGGGUUUUUUUCUCGACGAAUAGUGUAGACGAGUGUGCGUGGAAAGAGGGUGCGAAGCGUGGAUGAAAGUCGUGGAUGCAGGGUGUAGUAGAGGGCGAGGAUCGUUUUGUGGUGGCGUUGAGAGUACGCGUAAACGCAGAACGUAAAACACCAAAAACGUAGAAGUGGUUUAUCAUUUUUGUUAAUAUUUUAGUGGGUGUUGUACAUACAGACAACGUUGCACUAUUUAUUUAUAGAAUUUAUAGUUUCAGUAUAUAAUACUAAUUGUUACUGUUGUUGUAGUUCUAUAUCAUGUUUCAAUAAUUCAAAUAAGAGUAAUUGAGCUGUUGUGAAAAAAGAAGAAAUAUUAUGAAAUAAUAAUAAAAGAAGAAAGAAGUAUAUAACUACUUGCUCAAUACAACGUGUGUGUUAAACAAAACGCGACGUUACACGUCUUUUUGACGAGACCUAUGGAUUUUUUGCAGCGGCCUCUUACUACUCGCCGAAUAAGAAAAGACGCCUCAGUUCUUGGGACUUUUUAUUGCUCAGACCGUUAUCAUAACUGUUACUGCUGCUACUUGGACAUGGAUCACUGGAUCUGAACCUGGAGGUGUCACUUGCACACCCUAGUUAACGAUAAACGACUGCUACUGCUACUGCAUAGCCCGACACACUAGAUAUCAUUUUAUCCUCAUCAACAAGCAUCAUCGUCCGGCUGUGUCCAAUGAAUUAACAAGAAAUAAAGCGGGAAUUUGUUUUAUUUGUUGCUCCAGCGACGAAGAAAUACAACAUAAACAGUAAGUUUGGAGCAACAACGGGGGAGGAAGAUAAAUAGUUCUUCUGAUAAAUAUAAGAAGCGGGAGAAGAUAACGAGAUGUAUCGUUACGUUAAAAGCACGUUGUACAUCGGCAUACUUUUUCUCAUAAGUAUUGGAAUCAGUCAUCAACAGGAGGAGGACAUUCCACACAAUGAAGUGAGAAACUGGGCACUUAAGUUUGGUGUCGAUCUGUGGGAGUUUGGACGACAGGCAACUAAACUUGGGGAAAUACAGAGGAAUUACCAUGGGAUGAAUGCAGCUGUGAAUAAAAAAGAUGGUCUAGUUUUGGUACGUGAAAUGGCAGCGGAAGUCAAAAAUAUGAUGGACUUUAAGAUGAAUGCCGUUAUGAGAUUGAUGGAAAGUGCGGAGCAAGCUGCAGUAUCAUCGCCAAGGGACCCAACUACAUCACCCCGAUACUACAGUUCCCAUGAGAUCAACAGAUUCACUGAUGAUGGUAAACUCACACCCGGUACUCGUGAAUUGUUACUCUCGAUGAAUCGUCACUUUGACAAUUUACCCGUCAAUUUGAGUAUGUCUGCUGUUCUUUUUCCGCCGAGUGUUGACGACUCUGACAGCCAAGUCUCGUCUGGGCUCCAGUGGAGCGAUCACUUAGACCCACUUUUUGUCAAUAAUUAUGAAAGUGAUCCCACUUUGUCUUGGCAAUACUUCGGCUCUACUUCUGGCUUUUUAAGGCGUUUCCCAGCAAUAUCAUGGCCGGCAAGAGGGAGAGAUUCAAGACCUGAUGACCCGGACGUCUAUGACUUCCGUAUGUCUGACUGGUUCGUCGGUGGUGCUACUUGUCCCAAAGAUCUGGCAAUUCUAGUCGACAGUACGAGUUUUUCAUCCAAAAAAAUUCGCAAACUGGCUGUAGCCACGACAAAAAGUAUCUUAGACACACUGUCGACGAACGACUACGUGAAUGUCUAUCGCUUUGCUGAGAGUGUUGAGGAAACUGUUCAAUGCUUCAAGGAUUCACUGGUGCAAGCGUCACCGGAAAAUGUACGCAGCCUAAAGAACUCAUUGUACUCAAUACAAUCAGAUUCGACGGCAAAUGUAUCAGCCGCAAUGGCCACUGGCUUUGAAAUUCUCUACAAAUACAAUAGAACUGGAAAGGGGGCUCAGUGCAAUCAAGCUAUUAUGUUGGUUACUUCUAAUACUGAGGCUCCGUCAUCAGACCUUAUUAAAAAAUACAAUUGGCCUCAUAUGCCCGUCAGGAUAUUCACCUAUCUUAUUGGCGGGGACAAAAGUUCAGAACUUCAAGAAAUGGCUUGUGUUAAUAAAGGUUUUUACGCGCGAGUGACGUCAAUGGAAGACGUAAAAAGUAAAGUUUUUGAGUACGUCAAAGUUUUAGCACGACCUAUGGUUUUGUAUCAACACGAUCAUCCAAUUCAUUGGACAGCUGCUUAUGUAGGCGGUGAGAGCAGUAGAUACGGCGAAGAAAGACGUGGUCAAUUAAUGACAUCAGUGACUGCCCCAAUUUUAGAUCGCCGUAAUCACACAGUAAAAACUGCCAACUUGUUGGGAAUAGUUGGGACAGAUGUACCAAUAGACCAAGUACAAAAGCUCGUACCACCUUAUAAGUUGGGUGUAAAUGGCUACUCGUUUAUUGUCGACAAUAAUGGUCGUGUCUUGUAUCAUCCAGAUCUACGUCCUUUGCCGACAACUCCAAAUUAUGAAAACUCAUUGCAUCCUAGAUACACGAGCGUUGACUUGUCAGAAGUAGAACUAGCUGAGUUUGAAGGACUUAGUUACAUUUAUAAUAAUAACUCGCUGCUUUUUGAUUUAAGACGCGAUAUGAUUGAGCAAAAAGAGGGAGAGACGAAUUUUGCGGUGAAAAUUCAUUAUGACAAUAUGAAACGUGUAACGAUUCGCCGACACAAUUAUUUUUACGAGCCUAUUGUCGGGACUCCGUUCUCUCUGGGGUUAGCACUGCCCGAGGGCUAUGGUAUGCUGGAAGUGCUCGCCGAGCUGGAGCUGAAACACGCUAUUUUAAAUGUGUUUGACUAUCUAAAUGGAAGUAAUUGGAAAGUUCACCCGGAUUGGGUUUACUGUGAGUACAGCUCGGCGUCUGAUAAGCAAUUUUCAACCCCCGAGGAACGUAUUCUCCAUUUCCUCGGUCGUACUCGUAUGCCCGGUUGGAAGUGGAUGUCUAUGAGACCUAAGAGUCCCAGCUCGCAUCACAAUCAAGCGAGCAAGCCUGAUAAAGAUGCGCAUUACUGCGAUAAAAGAUUAGUACAAUCACUAGUUAUGGAUGCAGUAGUAACUGGUGGGUUCAAUAAAAGAGACUCUAACUUGAUGCACAGGGAAGAUAAUCAGAACCCCAUUGCCAUACUGAUGGCUCUUCUGCACAGCCAAGGAAAAGGGAGAUUCGACGUCGUCCGAAGUUUCAUCGCUACGAGGAGUGGUCUCUUUCGAUGGCACGACCAUCAAGACAAUAAGGAAACCGAAGACGAACCGCAUUUCGCUGACAUGAACAAAAGAGCUAUGGACACAUCAUGGUACAAAAGAGCCGCGGAACAGCACGCUGUGGAGCCUGAGAGUUUCGUAUUUAGUGUGCCUUUCAACGCCGCGGAAAUGACGGAACCACUUGUGACGGCAACUCACGCAGUCUUCUUCGAGGGUAAAAAUCAACAUAAGGCACCAGCUGCUGUUGUUGGUAUCCAACUACAGCAUUCAUCAUUAUCAUCCCAUUUCAUGAAUAUUACUUCCACGUGCACUUCUUGCAAGAAAAAUUGCGCGUCUCAAGAUCUAGACUGUUACAUUCUUGAUAACAGCGGAUUCAUAAUUAUUAGCGAAAAUAAUGAACACACGGGAAAAUUUUUCGGUGAAAUAGAUGGUACUAUAAUGGACUCGCUCGUACAGGACAGGAUCUACAGAAAAGUUACAGUAGUGGAUUAUCAGGGUCGUUGCCCACCUCAAGAGUCGCAUUUAUCAUCGGCACCACGAACAGUAUCCGGAUCAAUUAUCAAGACAAUUGUAACAAGUUUCAACCUUAUCUGGUCUUCAGUAAUAAAUUUAAAUAUCUACGAUGCAAUUAGUCCGGCAUUUGCCUGGCCAAAUGACGCUAAUUCAGAUGACGUUGAUAUUAAAAGUGAUGACGAGACAAAUUCUUACGAAUCGAAAAAUUUGUCGGAAGAGCCAGUGGCUGGAAGCGAUAAGGCACCUUCAUUUCCGGCGGUAGCAUCUCCUCCAACAGUUCCGCCUGCCUCUCACGCAACAUCAGCUCAAUAUACGAUCAAUAAAGUACGCCCGUGUGAAAAGAAGACAGAUCUGUAUAUUUUGCAGCCUGAAAGAUUGAACACAAGUGGUCAGAGCAAUCCACUCAAGGGUAAAUUGACGAAUUGCCAUGUAACCGGAUGCGAGAGGCCUUUCAGUGUCCAAAAGAUUCUUCACACGAAUCUUAUUUUACUGGUGGUAGAUACACUUUGUCCGUGUGGCAGUAAGCAGCUUAGUAUCGAGCCCGUCGAGGCAGUUAACGAACCAGGAGUUUGUUCAACACGACGUGAACGGCUCUAUCGACGACGACCACCUAAAUGCAUCAAUUAUCAUCCUGAAGAAAUGGAAAUAAAAUAUUGCGGUAGCGCUAAAAAAUUUUACUUAUCGUACGGCCUCAUUGUCGCCUUGUUGUCAAUAUACUUUACGUGACUCGCUCCGGAAGCUAUCUCGCGAUUCAACGAGUAACUUACGUAUAAAUAUAUACAUAUACACACAUAUAUAUUUACGUAUUUGAAUAUAAAUAUAUAAUAUAUUUAUUAUUGUAUUAUUAAAAUUAAUAUUAUUAUUAUAACUACUAUUAUUAUUUAAAUUGAGUUUACAUGCAGCUAUUUUAUGGUGUAGUACUCAGAGCAAUAGCAAUGACGGGGAACAGGAUAAUAAUUAAAAAAUAAUACUAAAUAUUAAAAUAAAAAGUCAGUGUGGGUAUGAAAAAAAAUGAAUAAGAUUUUAAUAAAUUUAUUUCUUCGAUUGUCCAUUUAUAAAACGGCUGUUAAAUAAACGCAUAACAUAAAUACAACGUAAAAAGACUAAUUAAAAAAAAAAACAAUUCUGCAAAGAUGUUAUAACUUAUAUUAUUAUUAUUAUAAUCUAUAAUAAUUGAAUAUUAUUGUAAUGCAUUGGGAGAUGAAUUUUAAACAAAAAUAUUUAUGAGAAAAAUGAUGAAAAAUAACAAAAAAAAUAGACCGAGAGAGAGAGAGAGAGAGAGAGAGAGAGAAAGCGAGAGCGAAGCGUGAAGAUGUUUGGGAUUGAUUCGCCGUCCGUGAGUGCGACUCCCCUAUAAUAAAUAAAAUAAAUAAAAAUAUUGGACCGAAAUUAAAAACGGUUCAAUGAAUGUUUAGACAAUACAAUUUGGAUGCAAGAAU